ACCCCCCGAGCUGCCAUGGUCCUGGGGCACCACAAGGAGACGGCAGGGACAGGCAGGGGCUGGGCAGCCCCUCGCUGCGUGGUGGCGAGCACCGGGCACCAGCCGCACCAGUGGGUGCUGGAUCCCAGGCUCUGUCCUCGCUGUGGUCCCCCCGGUCUGGGUGCUGCCACCUGUGUCCCCGGCCAUGUCCGUGCCAAGCCCCUCGGAUAUGGAGAGCAGCCCCUGCCUGCUGCCGGGGCCCUGGGGCUCCGGGGAGGAGGAUGUGGAGCCUGGGGAGGACAAGGUCUGCGCCGUGUGCGGGGACCGUGCCACCGGCUACCACUUCCACGUCAUGACCUGCGCUCCAUCAACAAGGGCGUCCGCUUCACCUGCCCCUUCACCCGGAGCUGCCCCGUCACCAAGGCCAAGCGUCGGCAGUGCCAGGCUUGCCGCCUCCAGAAGUGCCUGGAUGUGGGCAUGCGGAAGGACAUGAUCAUGUCGGAGGAAGCGCUGAGGCAGCGGCGGGCACUGCGGGGGCAGCGGCGGCUGGCACGGGAGCAGCCGGGGGGGCUGACGGCGGAGCAGCAGGAGCUCAUCGGCAUCCUCAUCGCGGCCCACCAGCGCACCUUCGACUCCAGCUUCUCCCAGUUCAGGCACUACCGGCCCGCCGUACGCCUCUAUGUUCCCAGCCCACGGCCGCAGAGCCCACCGCAGCCGGGCAUCCCUGCCGCGUGGACACCAUCCCAGCAGCCGGACUGCCUGGACGAGGACGUGCUGCCCGAUGUCUUCUCCAUGCUGCCCCACUUUGCCGACCUCAGCACCUUCAUGAUCCAGCAGGUCAUCAACUUCGCCAAGGAGAUCCCAGCUUUCAGGAGUUUGCCCAUCGAUGACCAGAUCUCACUGCUGAAAGGGGCCACGCUGGAGAUCUGCCAGAUCCAGUUCAACACAGUCUUCAACACAGAGACCAAUGCCUGGGAGUGUGGGCAGCACUGCUACACUAUCCAGGACGGAGCCCUGGCUGGUUUCCAGCAGAUCUACCUGGAGCCACUGCUCAAGUUCCACAUCAGCCUGAAGAAGCUGCAGCUGCACGAAGCUGAGUACGUCCUGCUCCAGGCCAUGCUGCUCUUCUCACCAGACCAUGCCAGCAUCACCCAGCGGGACUUCAUCGACCAGUUCCAGGAGAAGGUGGCCCUGACGCUCAAGAGCUACAUUGACCACUGGCACCCCAUGCCCGAGGGCAGGUUUCUCUAUGCAAAGCUGCUGCUGCUCUUGACAGAGCUGCAGACACUGAAGGUGGAGAACACGCGGCAGAUCCUCCACAUCCAGGACCUGUCCUCCAUGACACCGCUGCUCUCUGAAAUCAUCAGCUAGAGCCCAUGGUGGCGGUGCCCACACCAUCACCCAGCCCCCGGCCGAGCACCGGGGCUCACCAGCUACCAGUGCACUUUACAGGGCAGAGUAAAGCUCCUUUAUUUUUCCAGG